AUGCCCAAGGUCAUCUCCAGAUCUACAAUCUCGGCCUCGGCGGGAGAGGGCAGCGCGUCGUCGGCGCUCAAAGUCUACUACUGCCUGUGCGGCGAGUUCGUGCUGGUGUGCGACCGCCCGCUCGACCAGCUCCCCGUCCGCCCGCUCGACGGCGCCAGCGUGCUGCGCUGCCUCGACUCCUCGGCCAUCUCGGAGACGGGCGCGGCGCAGAAAGUCAAAAAGGCCCGGGUGUUCAAGGUCAGCGCUCGGCAGGGUCGACCCAAGAUGAUCAAGAGAGAGGACGGAUCGAUCGAGAAGCAGUACCCCUUCAACUGCUCGCGGUGCGACCUCGAGAUCGGAUACGAGCACACGCCGCCCCCGCUCAAGAGCGGCGGCAAGUUUACCUUUGUGCUGCCCGGCGCCCUCACCGACCGCCAGGGUAUCCCACCGCCCAACGUCUUCCUCGACCAGGAGGAGCCAAAGGGCGACGGGGCCGACGAAGCACCGGGCAGCCUCGACUGA